ACAAAUGUUACAAAAUGACGUGCAUUUAUUAUUUUGUAACCCCCUACUAAUCAAUUGGUUUGAUCCUACAGUAGUUCGGCAAAGCAUACCGCCCUUUUACUCGAAACCACGCCCUGUUUUUGGUAUGGGCGUGUUCUAGAACGUUAGGUGGGCGGGCUGAGGACGCGAGCGCUGCUGCAGGGAAAGCGGUGCAAGUGCACAGGCAGGAAUUGCAGCUGUAGCAGAGACAGUAAUAGCAAAGCUACCAUAAUGUAACUGAUCACCAAGGCAGAGGUCUGAGGGGCACAGGCAUCAGACAAAUGCAAACAAAUGAACUUCCCUGGGUAAGCGAAGAGAGUGGCAAAGCUCAUGGACGCUAGACGACUUGCAUGAUAAACUUCGCUAUGGCUGCCCAGUCCAGCUUGUAUAAUGAAGACAGAAAUUUACUUCGCAUUAGAGAACGAGAGAGACGAAAUCAGGAAGCUCUUCAAGAGAGAGAAACAUUUCAUGACCAUGUGCCUUUGUUUGCUGAACCCUACAAGACAAGUAAGGGAGAUGAAUUGUCAAGUCUCAUCCAGAGCAUGCUAGGUAAUUAUGAGGAUGUAAAGGAACCAAUUGGUGCAAAAUCGAUUCCAAGUCUUAUUAGUAUGUCUGAAAGUGCACUGCCUAUGAGUUCACAAGGGAAACCUGACCGUCGGAGCACCUUCUCUCAGCGUUCAUUCCACAGUGGUGACCACCAGUCUGUUCGGCAUCCUAACCCUUAUUCUGGACCAUCUUCUGGACACCAGCACAGGCCGCGUACUGGUACUGAGCAGACAUCUGACAAGCUUGUAAAAAAACAAAAAACUGUUAGAGAACGGCCUCAAGAUCACAGUUCUCGUGAGCGGCAAAGUGGAACUGUGGCCAUGGAUAAGACAGGCAGGCAAGCUCAAGAAGAUCCUGCUGAACCUUUAUCCUCCCCUUCAUUUAUACCUGCCCUUUCCCCUCUUUUUUCUUCUUUGUCCCCACCAAUAGAACCCUUAUCCCCAAUACAUUCCAGCCAUUAUACAGAUUCCAAGCCGAAGGGUGUCAAAAGCCAUGAGAAAAAAUACGGUCAUGCUACGUCAUCCCCAGCCUUGAGUGACACUGGAAACAGAGAGAGUGCUACUCCUGUUGCAAAUUUGGUGCCUUCUACACAAUCUUUUCCCCCAUCCUUACCUUCAAAAACAAGUGCAAUGCCUCAAAAGCCCACAGCAUAUGUGAGGCCAAUGGAUGGACCGGAUCAAGCCACAGUUGAAUCUCCAGAGCUGAAGCCUCUAUCGGAGGACUACAAUGAGGAAUCAUAUGGAAGCCUAUCGGAUCUGAAGGCCAAUGUGAAUGUGAAGGAGUUCUCCAAGCUAGAUAUGCCCUCUGAAACCUCUGAGACCUUCUCCAAUGAUGUCCAUUGUGUUGAAGAAAUACUUAAGGAGAUGACCCAUUCAUGGCCACCGCCAUUAACCGCUAUCCAUACACCCAGCACUACGGAAUCUUCCAAAUUCCAUUUUCCCACCAAGGAAAGUCAGCACGUUCCAUCUGUCAAAGUGAACCAGAAGCAGUAUGACAACUCUUCAAAGGCCUUGCCAAGUCCACAGCAGGGAACCUCAAUGCUGGAAAAUGACCUCCAAAUCAGCGAUAGCGAUGACAGUGAGGACGAUGAGGUUUGCGAAAAGCCAUCUUCUUCUUCUUCUGCUCCACCAAGUGUCCUACAAUCCCAAACCAACAGUGUGGCCUCAGCACAUUCCAGCAUUGUGGAAUCGGAAAGCAGCGAAUCAGACAGCUCUUCUGAUUCAGAAUCUGAGAGCAGCUCAAGUGACGGUGAGGUGAAAAAUCCACCCAGAGCUCCUACACCAGAGACUGAAGCACGAACAGAAAAUAUAUGGCAGUUAAAUUAUAUUAUGAACAAAGGUAGCCAACCAACGGCACAAACAGAAAACCAGAAUAUUGUGGACCGUGAACAAUCAAGCCAUAGGGAGAGUAAAGAACAAGAAGACAACUCUCCUUGCCAUUCUGAAUCCCCAAAGACUAAUGAGCCAUGCCACACAAAUGCCCUUUGGACUACUAAAGAAGAAAUUCAGGAAAAAAUAAAAUGCCCAAAUUCCCCUGUGGUAAGAGAAACUGUUGCUCCAAGGCAGACUGUAGGUAUAAAGCAACCACGGAAAACUGUGAAAACCUUACUGCAGGAGGAGCCAAAAGGAGGCCUGAAAGUAGAAAGUGAACCAGCUCCUUAUAGGCCUAGAGAGCAGCCUUCCAAAGAGAAGCCCACAGAGAAGACGAAAGGGAAGCUAAAAUCAAAAGAUCAUAAGGAACCAAAAGCAAGCGUCACUCAAUCCACUGAAAAAAAGAAGCACAAAAGUUCCCAUCAUAGUAGCAGCAAGAAGUGUUCCAGCACCAAAUCUGAUAAGAGCCAUUUAAUCCAGCCUACACCAGAAUGUCCCCCUUGCCCACCGAUCCAAAAUCCUAGCAAAGCCAACCAUAGGACUAAUAUCACUCACCCUGCAGUUAUUGUGCGUGAGGACUUUCACAGGGACAAAGUGUUAUUACCAAUCGGGGGCAACAAAUUGUUGUCAUCUCCUAGGAACAACCACAAGCCCUGUUCCCUUAUUGUCAAAAUAAAUUUGUCAGCACUCUCUAGAGUCCCAGAGCCACCUGGCAAAACAAUCCAGUUAACGUUUAAGAGAGAGAUCAUCCAAGAAUCACAUCAGAAGAGGAAAGGUGAGCCUGAGAAGAAACAUACACAGAAUCACAGCAAAGAGCACUCAAAGAGAAAGGUUGAAGAAGUUGCGAGAAAUGGGACACACAAGAAAGUUAAGUUGGAAAAAAAUCCCAACUCUUCAUCUGAUAACAAAGAAUCAUCUGCAAUAAAAGUGCAUAAAUCCUCUUCUGAAAGCUUGCACAAGGAACAUCGGCAGCCUCAGAAAGCUGCGUCGCCUACACCGCACGCGCAUAAGAAGCCAGAAAAGGUUGCACAAAAACGGCGCCCUAGCGAGAGCAGCACUUGCAGCCAGCAAUCCACAACAAACAAAAACAGUCACAAAGAUCCUUCCUCUUCCAAGCACAGGAAGGUGGAAGAAAAGCACUCUGAGCAUGUCAAAAACAGCAAGGGGUCUACAGAAAAUAAAACAAACCCUUUUCCAGUGCCUUCUUUGCCAAAUGGUAAUGCCAAGCCAACAAGACCUCAGCUCAAGUUUGAAGAAAAGUUAUAUUCACCGGAGCAUUACAUGAAGGAGGCCAAGAAGUUAAAGCACAAAGCUGACGCCAUGUCGGACAAGAUCGGGAAGGCUUUAAACUACUUGGAUGCAGCCAUGUUUUUCAUUGAAUGCGGUAUUGCCAUGGAAGCAGAUGUACAAGCACCAAAGUCUGCUUAUACUAUGUUUGCAGAGACUGUUGAUCUCAUUAAAUUUAUAAUGAAGUUGAAGAACUUUACAGACUCCUCUGCUCCUACAAAUGAAAAAGCUUUAGCUGUUUUAUGUAUGCGUUGCCAGUCCGUUCUCAACAUGGCGAUGUUUCGCUACAAAAAAGAUACAGCAAUAAAGUAUUCCCGCACUCUUGGGGAACACUUCAAGAGUUCUUCCAGAGCAGCACAAGCACCUUCUCCCUGUGUUGCAAGAAGUACCGGUACUCCCUCCCCUUUGUCCCCCACACCUUCUCCUGCCAGUUCUGGAGGAUCUCAGCCAGGUUCCUGCACCAGCAACAGUGGGGGUCAGAGCUCCUCAGUUAUUAUUCCCCAGAUGAUCCACCACAUCGCCUCAUCCUAUGUAAACAUCACCUCUUAUUUCCUAUAUGCGUACGACAUCUGGGAACAGGCUGAACUGCUGGCAAAGAAAAAUAAAGAAUUUUUUACAGAUCUCAACAACGUUGUUUGCCGCCUGGCACUGAACAGCACUAUGACGGAACUGGUACACUACACCAGGCAGGGUUUACAAUGGCUGAGACUAGAUUCAAGUACGACUUAAAUAAAGCUGUAGGAGCCCUACCCUCUGAAUGAUCUUGCACUUUGGAAGCCCAGAGAAUCUGAGAUUUGGGUACAGUAAUUUAAGGAAUUUAAUAGAACAUUACAUUAUUUUGAUCAUGGGAUCUGGUUUUGACUGGAAGCUUGUUGAACAUUUUAGAUUGCAGCAGGCAUUGGACUCCUUGAUGAAAUGAAGGAAGCCCGGAAAUAAAUGAUGCAUUUUAAGCAUUAUAAAAAAAAAAAAAAAAAAUAUGAAAAAAGUGCAAUGUAUUACUGGAAAGGUCAGACAUGUCAAUGGUCUUUAAACAUUUCUAAACCAAACCAGCACAAAAGGAAUGUCUCAUGGAACAAUUUCAAGCCGAGAAAUACAUUUUGUGAAGUAUAUAAACAGUUUGCAUUCAUCACUAGAAGGACUGGAAGGAUUGAUAUUAUCUUACACAGAAAAGACUGGUUGCCAGUGAAAGCGAGGGAGAUGAUGAUAUAUGGACAACACAAUUGCCCCUAUACAGCAUUAAUAAAGUACAUUGUCUCAAAGGGGGAGGGAUAAAACAUGAUAGAAUAGGAUUUAAAUUUCUUUUUUUUUUUUUUUUUUUUUUUUUUUUAAUGUACCCAGGUUCAAUGCUUUGUGCCUUAGACCAAGAUUCUAAUAAUCCUUUAACAUCUGUCAUGUUUUUCUUUCCCACCAGAGACCAGAACUGUUGCCAGGUGGGGGAGGGACAGGAGAAAAUAUUUUGUGGCAUAGUGAUAUAUUUAUUAUUUGACUUAAAAUCAGAUAAGUAAAUUGUUUCCUGAUUUCAAUAAAUUUUUAUUUUUUUGCUGAUCAUGUUUUUCUAAACAAAUCAGGUUACGUCAUUGAUUCUACAUAUUCACUUUGUCUAAAUCAGAUGUUGUUCAGAAUGCACAGCUUUUGAGGUACAGCCGAGUCCUGCUAUGCUUAAAAAGAGUAACUUUCUAGCCACCACUGAUGUGAUCUUGUAUAAUUUAAGUGAAUACUCUAUUCAUAAUCUUAAUUUGUAAAAAAAAAAAAAAUGCGCUUGUCUUGUACUCUUUUGGUAAUAUUGCUUGUUUACGUGUCUGUAUCUGUCUUGGGUCUAAGUAAUACCCCAUCCCCCAUAAUUUUUAUUUUCUUUAUUGAUAAAGAAAUUAUUUUAUUUUUUUUUGAGAAAAAAAUAUUGUCCUCAGAUGAUGAUAAAAUUGUGUGUUUUUAGAUAAAUGGGAACAUAUCCGGGGGAGGGGGGGGGACCAAUAGCAUUCCCAGCUACUUAAUUAAAAUUUCCUUAGUGUAAGCGCAAAUACCAAUCGAAAUAUAGAUCCAUACUAGCGUUUCUCAUCAAUUUUAUACACCCAGCUCCACAUUACAAAACUGUCUUUUUCAGUUAUAGCACUUCGCUAAAUUGUAUGUUACAGUAAAAAAUAGGUCAGGCUGAAGAAACAGUGUUAAAGGCUGGUGUCAUGAUCAAAAACUUUGCAUGUUCAAAUCUAUUUUAGUUUUGUAUGUGUAACCUAUCUUUCCAUGAGGAGAGAGUACUUUUUUGUAAGUGAAGUCAGAAGAUCACUUACAAAAACACAUUUUAAUCAAUCAAUUCGUUUUUGACUCAGGUCCUAAUAAAUUUACAUAAUGUCAGGAUUUCUUGCACAGUUUGCCUAAUCUAGCCACUGAUUAUAGAUUUGCAUAGGUUGAGCAAUCCUCAGAUUCAGGCCUUCUGAUGUCACAACUGGAGUUUGGAACUGUUGGAGCCUUUUGAUUGACUGUCAUAUAAAAGGGAUUUAAAAAUGACUUCAUGAUGACAUCUAAAUAAAGUGUUUUUUUUGCGUUUAUUCCUCAUUUGUGUAAAAAAAAAAAAAAGACUUUUAAAAUUAAUUUUUGCCUUUUAAUCUUUAAAAAAAAAUUAAAUGUUUCCAAUACUCCUCAUACGGCACUGUGACUAAAGGCAUUGCGACAGUAAGCACUGUUUACUCGCAUUUGACCCCAGUGUACACAUGGUUAGUGCCAUUGAUAUCAUGUGCUAGUCAUUGGACUUGGGCAAGGGGCCAAAUGCUUGUGAACAUUGUAGUUGUUCAUAUUUUUGGUUUGCUUAGAUGUAUUAUGCACUCUGUAUACUGUCCUUUUUAAAUAAAAUAAAAAAUCAUGUUUAGUCAGCCACAAUUGUUACGUGAUGGUAAUUUAUGUAUUGAAGGAAGUCCCUGAAUCUUCUGUAUAUUUUUUUUUAUAGCAGUUUAAUUGUAGUUGUGCAAAUUCCUGUUAUUGAAUUACAUUUUAAAUGUUUUAUUUAACACCUGCCUCCCCCACUCCAGCCACUUUUUUUUUAAAUUUUUUUUUAUUGCAUGCAGUAUGGCUAGAAUGUUGAGUGGCUAACAGUUUUUUAAAUGUCAUCUUCAGAAAAAAAGCUGUCUUGUAAACGGCGGCCAGAUGGAGCGGGUUAAAAAAUAAUUCUAGGUUUAAAUCAAUAGCUGGAAUCUACAAUAGCACUUUAUGAAUUAAACUGCUAAAAUACAGAGAUUCUCGAUCUUCUUUCAAUACAUAGCAAAUUAACCAAUGGUAAAUGUGUACUGACUUUCCCAAAUAGAUUAAGGGCUCUAUAAUAAACGUACACAUUUCUGUUCUUUUAGGCACCCCUCGAGUGUCGUACAUAAUAACUAUAAAAUAUAUAUCUUGUUUAUAAGAUAGCAUUCAGCCAGUCUGUAUUUAUUAUGGUGAGGCAAUCUUUGUUUGAGAAGUGAGAGGUAAAAAGAUAAUGAUAAAUAGACAUGGGCAUUGCGCAUCUUAGUUAGCUGCCAAAUGCAGGAGUAGACGGCUCUUUUUUUGGAGCCGAAUUUAUGAUUUGUAAAAGAUCAACACACUAUGGUCUGGAUUUACACAGAUCUUGGUAUAGUGAUCUUCCACAAACACAAACCCUCUCCGAAAAGAGUCAAAAUCUACGAGGGGCUGCCAACGUCUGCAUUUCACAGCUAACAAAGCUGCCGAAUGCCCAUGUGUAAUGAAAACAAUAAAAAAUAUGGCAGAAUAUAGCCCCUUAUGUUUUAUGAUAGUCAUGGUACAUCAGAUUUAACAUGAUAAAUUAUAGCUUCCAAUAAAUUUGAAGUCAAAUUCAUUAGAAUAAUGUCCCAUUUAAAUUAAAAAGUGAGCAAUGGUUUGAAAUGAUCGGUUAGAAUUUUGCAGUAAGCAUAGUAAUUGUUUUAUUUAUUUUGGGGAGAAACAUUAAGGAAACCUUGUAGCUAGCGUGGGUAAAAUGCUUUAUCCAGAGAAAAGUUUUUACGUCUGAAAAUUGUUAGCAGCCUACAGAGUAAUUUAUGGUAAACAGACUUUAUCCUUUUUCAGAAUGUAUUUAACAUUUUCUUACAAAUAGGUUAGCUAGCUUUCAUGAAUUAAAUGUAGAUUAAAGGGCAUUUGUGUCUACAGAGCUCUUUGAUUGUGAAUGCAAAUUUAUAAUUAGAUAAAUCUUUCCAAGAUGUUUGUUGGAAGGUGUUUUAUAGAGUGAAUGAGUGUGCAGGUUUAGAAUCUGUACCAGUUAUGUAUCUAAAAGAGUUAUCAUUUUGUUUGCAUUUAAUUUUUUAAAAGAUCUUCAUUGCCAGAUUUUUUUCUUUUUAGAUAAUAAUUUGCACAUAAUUUGACUUUAUUGAUCUCACUUUUUGCUAGAAAAAAAAAUCUCCUAUUCAAGUAUUUAUAUUUAUAAGAUGUUUAUUUUAUAUAUACUAUUUACAAAAAAAACCAAUUUGUGAUCUGCAGAUAAAAAUAGAUGAAUUUGGGUGGUUUUUAUAUGCCAUAUGUUCACGGUGGGGACAUCUGUUUCUGCAAAAACAUUCCUUUGCGGUCUACUUUUAUUGAAAGUUGAGUACAUCUUUGUUUUUAAUAGCUCAAGAUACAGGGAAAAAAGUGUAAUGUAGACAAGAACAUACAAAAUUAGUGCUAAUGGUAACAAAUUCAAACUCACCGAUCACCAAAUUUAUGUACCUUACUAUUUAAAUUGAGCAACAAAUGUCUAUGUUCAGUUUUUAUAAUGGUCCAAUUUCUAGCUAUAACAGUAUUAUAUAUAGAUAUAGUGUAACAUUUUGACAGUGGGCUAUUGUACCUUUUAAUCUGUAAGAUUUGAAUGAAUAUUUAGUCUACAGUAACAAUGUCAUUUUACCGUAGGCAGAAAUAUUUUGUGUUUUUCCACUAAUGAGUUGCCAAUUGUAUGUCUAUCUCAUAGACCUCAAUAGAGCAGUACUCUCUUCUCUUGUUUUGUGUGCAAUGGAAAUCAUAGCAUGCCAAACUCAACCCCCACAAAUACUGAACUAGCUGUGUAUCUACCGGUGCUUAUUGGAUCAGAGGCAGAUUCCACACGAGAGCAGCAGUGCUCUGUGGUUCUCAAGCAGUACUUUAACUAUGUGUAGCACCAUUUGGGGGGGUUAAAUGCAUAGCUUUGCAACAUCACUAGUAAUUAAAUGACAUCUAAUUAAUUAGAGCAUGUCAUUUUAUUACUAAAAUGGCCUCCUUAAUAAACACAUGGAAGUGAUGCUUUAAGUCAAAUGCAUCACUUCCAGUUCUAUGACUGUAACUUGGCCAUUAAAUUGUGCAUGUCCUGUUCUUAGAAUAGUUUAAAUAUCAUAUUUUACUUUACAGUCUCUGUCUCUAGUUUUAUUUUUUAAUUUUGAUCAAUUAAAUGUAAGUACAUAAUCUCAGUUGGUUUCUUGAUAAGUGCAUGACAACUACAUUCUGUUUAGAGAACAAAUAUCUGCAGACAAAAUUGGAAGGAAGCAAAAAGUUUACUCAUUGUGAAUUCCAUGUAAUCUUCUGGACUGUAAUAUGGCAAAUUAUUAAGACACUGAAGUCCAAAUGUUUUUACUUAUGUAUUAAAACAAGCAUAUUUUAGCAUUCCAAAAAAAGUUCAGUGAAGAAUAUUCAUAAAUACACUGGAUAUAUAUAUAUAUAUAUAUAUAUAACAGCAGGCAGGCCAGCACUCACGAUUAACAUUUCAUCCACCCAGGGUGCUUCCACGGUAUUGAUAGUAGUAAAGAAUGGGGAUACACUCGCCAGGAUUUCCAAAGUUACCUUUAAUGUCACAGUGUUCUCGGGUGGCAUUAUAAAGUAACUGGGUGGGGGCUGUGCUAUCCAGAGCACAAAUUACAUAAUUUAACAUAAAUGUAAUGAUAAUUUGUGCAAUUAACAUUGAACAUUGUUAAUAUGAGCUAAUUUUAGCUUAAUAUUGGCUAAAACGUUAGCUGGGUGGUCUGUAAAAUCAGCGGGGUGGUGCACCCAUUAAAAAGGCUCCUUGGGAAAACUCUGAGAUUAUGUAUAAAAAUAAUGGAGGAAAAAGAUCUAGACAGACAAUUUGGUCUUCAAUGUACUUCUAGCUGCACAUUUUUGGAAUGCACUAACUAGACCAGUAAUACUACUAUGGUUUGCAUAAAACACUAACUGUGUUGGUAAUAUGGUGAUACAUGACACAUUCAGUGGUUGGCUAUGAAACUAUAGAACAUCACUAGGACUGUAACGAUAAACUGGUGACCAGCUGUACCCCAAAUUAGGUUCUGGACAUUGCACACCCUCUUUGUAUGCAAAUUGUCAUUAUCACCUCUUAUUUACAUCUGACAACCUAUUCAUAGUUGCUUGGUCUUUUAGAAAGUUUCUUGACUUGUAUAAUCAAUUAAAGAGUCCGUAAUGAGAUAUCAAACAUUAAAACUUCAUUUUUUUUUCUUCAUUCUUGCGGACCUGUAUUGCACAACAUAAGGAAAAAAGCAGUAUGGAUGAAAAACCAACAGAUACACAGUGCCUUAAGGUUUAAACUUCAGGGAUUAAUCAAUGAUGAUCAGAAAUAUACUCUUCUUAGCCCGUAAUAAAUUAUAUCAGACAUUCUCAAACUUGGCCCUCCAGAGGUUUUGGAACUACAUUGCCCAUGAUGCUCAGCCAGCAUAUCAGCUGGCUGAGCAUCAUGGGAAAUGUGGUUCCAAAAACCUCUGGAGCGCCAAAUUUGAGGAUGUCUGAAUUAUAUAGUAUUACAUCUGUCAAACAAACCACUGCAACUCUGGCAUUUCUUAGUAACAGAUUUCCAGACCUCCUCACACAAGUUUAGCAUGUUAUUAUUUCCUGCUUGUGUGAGCUAAUAUUUCUUUAAUUCUGUCAACAGCCAAAAUGUAUUGACACAUACAAUAUUAAAUUUUUUUUUAAAAUAAUUUCCAUGUCAAAAUUUAACUAUAAUUUGAUGGUAUUUAUUAAUGGAAUUCUCACCAACUGAAAAGAAAGAUGGCCGACUCCUUAUUUCAUAUUAUAAUGAUUGUAAUAUUAAUAAUAUAUAUAUGUGCAAUGGGAAGAUGUGCAAAGGAACCAUUAAUGGAGCUAAGUGGUGUAUUUUUAACUACUUUCUGGAAUAAAUCAUCAUUCUAUGGCUUAUGUCAAUAAUUCUUUAGCUGCCUUGUACAGUUCUUUACGGUGAGAGAGACUGAACAGACCUGUGAUUUUUCGUUUGUUUUCUUUUAUUUAAAGAAAAAAAGUCUAUGUGAAAUCUCUUUCCAAAGAAUCUGUGCCACUGAUAUUUUGUUCAUUCUAUUGUCAAAUAUAAGGAUAAUUUGCUGUAAAGAACAUAAAAAGGAACAUAUGAUUUAUUCUUUUUUUGGCAAGAAUUAAGCUGUAAAUAAAAUAUCAAAUAUAUUUA